AAUUCCGAGAGCGAGAGCGAGAGCGGUGGGUAUCAACUCAAGAAAAGAGGUCUCAACCUGUCAACCACUGGUUGGAAAGCUAUGCGUUGAAUUCUACUGUUCUAAUCCGGCUUCAACAACCAACUACGRCCAUGGCAUUUCGUCGAGCAUCUGGGGCCCCUUCAUAUUGGCCUAAUAUCGCCUUCUUCACCGCGGGUGUAGACUCAGACAGAGACAUUAUUGAAAGCUUUUCAUUCUUCAACUCAAAGUAAUUCACCCCUAAUCAGUAAUCAACCCCCUUAAGCCUUAAGCUGCCUUCCUCCAACCCACCACCAUUCCAAUUCUCCAACCUCUCUUCCUCUCCCAUGUCUCUUGCUAUCUUUACAAGCCAAAUCGAAUCUGAACUUUAAAGCAACUUCAGAAAUAGCCCCUUUUCGCGAUUUGUCCAGUUCUUCGGACCCAACCCCAUCUUCCUUCUGCUGGAGCCGAGGGGGGUUAGUGGGGCAGGCGCAGAAUGAAGCUUUCUGCAUUGCAGCAGACCUAUGCUGCCCGCCGGGCCAAUAGCUUCAGGGGAUCGCCGUUGGAUUCAUCGGCGGAUAGUCCAAUCAAGUCGCCGGCGGGUAUUUUCUGGCUGAUUCUCCAUGGACUUUGUUGCCUCAUCAGUCUUGUGCUUGGAUUUCGCUUCUCUCGUCUCGUCUUUUUCCUUUUCGUUUCUACUUCCACGACCACUAACAUCUAUUUGACUCCUUUUCGAUCCGCCGCUGACCUGAACAUUCACUCUACUUCGCUUCCAAAUCCGACUGUAAAUCUUGAAAUUCCUGUGAAUAAGACGACGCCUACGACCAUUGCCAGUUCGAGUAGCCGCGUGGUCGUGGGGAGGCACGGGAUCCGAAUCCGGCCGUGGCCGCAUCCAGACCCUACUGAAGUCAUGAAGGCUCACCAAAUAAUUGAGACGGUUCAGAGGGAGCAGAGGCGUCAAUUCGGAGUCAAGAAUCCUCGAAAGAUAAUUGCUGUAACGCCAACUUAUGUGCGCACUUUCCAGGCGCUCCACAUGACUGGUGUUAUGCACUCGUUGAUGUUGGCCCCUUACGAGAUUGUCUGGAUCGCGGUGGAGGCCGGUGGAGUCACCAACGAUACUGCUUCAAUUCUUGCCAAGUCUGGGCUGCAGACUAUCCACGUUGGUUUCAAUCAGCGGAUGCCAACUUCUUGGGAGGGUAGGCAUCGAAUGGAGGCUCAGAUGAGGCUUCAUGCCUUGAGAAUUGUGAGCAAAAGGAUGCUGGAUGGAACUGUGAUAUUUGUGGAUGACAGUAAUAUGCAUAGUAUGGAGUUUUUUGACGAGCUCCAGAAUGUAAAGUGGUUUGGUGCUCUUUCUGUUGGAAUCAUUGUUCAGUCUGAUAAACAAGAUGAGUCCCCACAGGAGGUGGAGAGCCCACCAAUCCCUGCUCAGGGUCCUGCUUGCAAUUCUUCCAAUAAGUUGGUUGGUUGGCACACCUUCAAUGCACUUCCAUAUGCUGGAAAGAGUGCUAAAUUCAUUGGUGACAAGACAUCAGUUCUUCCGAGGAAGCUUGAGUGGUCUGGGUUUGUGUUGAAUUCCAAGUUGCUAUGGAAAGAUGCAGAAGAUAAGCCAGAAUGGGUCAAUGAGUUUGAUACAUUGAAUGUUGGUGAUGAUGAUUUAGAGAGUCCACUGUUUCUUUUGAAGGAUACAUCAAUGGUUGAGCCGCUCGGAAGUUGUGGCCGCCAAGUUUUACUCUGGUGGCUCAGAGUUGAAGCUCGUUUCGAUAGCAAAUUUCCUCACGGGUGGUUAAUUGACCCUCCUUUGGAGAUUACUGUACCUGCAAAACGAACACCAUGGCCGGAUGUUCCUCCCGAACUCCCUACGGAUGAAAAAGCUCUGAUGGGCAUCCAUGAGGAAACAGCUAAGCUUCCUGCAAAGACUCAUUCAUCCAGAUCCCGGAGAAGUUCCCGAAGCAAGAGAAAGCGACACGAACCAAAAGYGGUUGAUACUCAAAGCUCAGUGAGACAUUCUGAGAACUGAAAAUAUAUUARCCCAUGGCAUCCAUGAACUUUCUGCCGUUAAAGCUUUAGAUGAUAAGGAAAUUCAGGGAAGACAUGAUUUUUGAAGCAGAUAAAAAGGCUCAUGGUUUUAAUGGGAAUGUGAAGACAAGCAGGGCUAUGCCCAUGUAUACAAAGAAUUCAGUUUUGAUUUCAGACUCAGUUACAUUUUUUUUUCUUUUAAAAUCUUUAUAUUUUUUUUCUUUAUGGGGUGAUUGAUGCUCUAAUGUGAUGAGAAGGGAAUUUGUACCUGCUACUGCAGAAAGCUUGUAUUCAAUAUCUUUCAAAGUUUUAUACACGAUGCUCUGAUUAGGAGUUGUGAGUU